AUGACAAAACAUCAAUUCUCAGAGUACACCACGGAAACCGUGGGGAAACCGGAGUCUCCAGGACACCCGGAAGGCCCGGCCAGCGCAGGCGCUGGCCCUGGGCCUUCUGGUGCAGGCGGAGACGUUGACUCAGAUUCCGAUGCCAACUCCUUCUCACGUAUCCAGAUCAAACCCGUCAACGACGAAGAUGACACUUCUGUAAUGAUCACUUUCAACCAAAAAGUUUCGUGGUUCAUCGUGGUGUUGACGUUUGUAGCGUCGAUCUCGGGAUUUCUGUUUGGUUACGAUACCGGUUACAUUUCAAGCGCGUUGGUGUCGAUUGGCACGGACCUCGACGGAAAAGAACUCACAUACGGCAACAAAGAGAUCAUCACAGCGGCCACGUCGCUCGGUGCUCUGAUCAGCUCGGUUGUGGCAGGUACGUGUGCCGAUAUCUGGGGCCGCAAACCUUGUAUUAUGUUUUCCAACGUUUUCUUUGUAGUGGGUGCCGUUUUGCAGGUCUCAGCCCACACUUUCUGGCAAAUGGCUGUGGGCCGUCUGAUCAUGGGGUUCGGUGUUGGUAUUGGGUCUUUGAUUUCGCCUCUUUUUAUCGGUGAAAUUGCCCCCAAAAUGAUCCGUGGCCGUCUGGUUGUUAUUAACUCUCUGUGUCUAACCGGAGGACAGCUUAUUGCAUACGGCUGCGGUGCUGGACUUGACAAAGUCCACAACGGAUGGCGUAUUCUGGUCGGGCUAUCUUUGAUCCCAACCUGCAUCCAGUUUGCGUGCUUUUGCUUUUUGCCCGACACCCCACGUUUCUACGUCAUGCAAGGCAGACUCGACAAAGCUGCCGAAGUAUUGGCUAGAAGUUACAACCACGCUUCGCCAGAACUCAUUCAACAGAAAAUUAUCGAACUCAACAGCUUGAACCGUGUUAUUCCUGGUAAGACUGUUGCCGCGAGAGUCGUCAACUCCAUCAAGGAAUUGCACGUCGUGCCUUCGAACUUUAGAGCCCUGGUUCUCGCCUGUGCCAUGCAAGGCAUCCAGCAAUUCUGCGGUUGGAAUUCGCUACUAUACUUUUCUGGUACUAUUUUUUCCACUGUGGGUUUCAAAAAUCCAGCUGCUGUGUCUAUUGUUGUGGCAGGCACCAAUUUCGUCUUUACCAUGGUGGCGUUCCUGGCCAUCGACCGUGUUGGUCGUAGGAUUAUUUUACUUAUUGGGUUGCCUGGUAUGUGUCUCUCGCUCGUGCUGUGCGCUAUUGCAUUCCAUUUCAUGGAUGUCAAGUUUGUGGGCAGCAGUGCUGAAAUCAAGCAGACCGGAUUCACCGCCUGGGGAAUCAUCGUUAUUCUGUCUAUCAUCCUAUAUGCCGCGUUCUACGCUUUGGGUAUCGGUACGGUCCCAUGGCAACAAUCCGAACUUUUCCCUCAAGCGGUGCGUGGUGUUGGUACGUCUUAUUCGACUGCCACCAACUGGGCUGGCUCUUUGGUCAUCGCGUCCUGUUUCCUAACCAUGUUACAAAACAUCACGCCCACCGGUACCUUUUCGCUAUUUGCAGGGUUGUCGUUUGUGUCGUUUUUGUUCAUCUACUUCUGCUACCCUGAGUUGUCCGGUCUUGAGCUUGAAGAAGUUCAAACUAUUUUGAAAGACGGUUUCAAUAUCAAGGCCUCCAAGCGUUUGGCCAAGAAGCGUAAGCAACAGUUGUCCGACGCGAAACACUCUGCUCAUGACAGUGAGCUGCAAGGCUACAACAAGACAAAACCCUCGGAUGAGAUAAUGGAGAAGUAA